GUAUUGUGGCUUUCCUUGCUUCAGGCAUGAAUGAGGCAGCUCUUGAAAUCAGAAAUGCUGCCAAGUCAGAGUCCUUGAUUCUGAAGUCCUGGAUGAAAAAUGCUGAGUUCGAGAAACUCGCCAUGAGGUUGACCACCGAGUGUAACUACACCAAAGUGAUUGAUUUCUUAGAAAAAGAGUCAACCAGCAGGGGAAAAUCCAUGAUUACAAAUGGAAUUUCGACUAAAGUCACUUUCUACUGCAACAAAAAGCGAGCCAGCAAGCCGAAGGCAUCUGUAGCUGGAGACUACGGAGGUAUGGGGUCCACUGGCUCAAGGUUCUCCAAAUCUAAGUCUUCGAUCUACAAGAAGAGUUCGGCCACUGGUUAUGGCAAAACCAACUUUGAGCUCAUCAGCACCGAAACGCAAGAGAAGUUCCAUAAAACCAUCUGCAUGUUCCAGGAAACCGACUAGAAGAAACGAGUGUCUGCACUGAAAUCGCUUUCUAACUUCAUCCAAGAAGAAAAGCUGAUCAACAAAAGCAAUAAGUUCUCUCAGAUCAUCGAUGUGAUGGUCCAGUACUUGAACGACAACAACACCAAAAUCGUGACAGCUGCC